UUGAAGACACAGCUGUGUCGUCCCCCCACCUGCUUCAAUCUUGGUAGCCCACGGACGGAAGACACGGACGGACAAGGUCAACCAUGAAUUACACUAGGAGAGACAUGUACGGCCAGCAGCCACCACUUACGUCGUUUUCGAGAUCAACAUUUAAUACCGCAUACCAAACGGAUGGCGAAGCAUACGCACACGACCCGCAUACCGAUUCAGACGAACAGAUAUCGGUACACUUCAAUGACGGCUUUGAGGAAAGUCGGAACCUGGACAGAUCAACCUUCGACACCGAGACCCACGUUGACUCACAGCGAGUAACUUCAAGACAGAACUCGCGAUCCUUCACAGGACGCGUCUCGAGGCAAAAAAGUCGGAGGCGAGAGCUUCUGGGAAGGCCGGCGAAACCUGGCAUCACUGUUGAUACGAGUUUCACAAGGCAUAGAGGCACCGAACCUCAUCAGGUGUUUCCACAUGGAGCAGAGAGAGGCUCCGGGUCUGUUCGGAGGUCGCCGUGGUUCGGUUUAGGACGGUCUUCGACCAGGAACAAGGGCUUGGGUAUCACCAAAGGUACACCUCAACCAGACACUACACAUCGGAAGAAGCCUAGCAUCGACCGGAGCGAAGCUGACACCCCUAUUUCCAUGACCCCAGGGAGCAAAUCGUGGCAGGAGAUUUCGCCUUGGGACCGACGCAUACCAAUUGGAAUAUCCGUCCCGACUGACAGCAUCUCCGACUUUAGUACGCUUCAAGCCAGUCGGCAUCGUGCUGGCAGUGACUCUACUCUUGUAACCCCAAGUAUUAUUAUCACUCCUGCAGCAGUAAAGUCGGUUUGGUCUCCAGAUACGCCCUUUACAGAAUCCGAUUACACGCCCAGCAUCUACUCUCGUUACCAAUCGACCUUUGCGAACUCCAACGUUCCUCCAGUUCCGGCUUUACCUGCUGGUAUGUCACAGGCACCAGGCGCCGAUACUGCCAGAGAUACACAAGGAGCGGUUGGUCACGCCAGGAACGACACCCUAGAUUCAGCAGGGACUGCCUUUGAGGAAGACGAUGACUCUAAAAGGAAGGAUCGUAUCAUGUCCACCAGUACUGUCUUCGAAGAGGAUGAGACACCUCUAAGAGAGAGGACUGUGGAGAACUCUUUGGCUAUCGAUACUUCCAUGGUGCCCACUCCACGGCGAUCACAAGGAUGGUGGAAUGUCAUUACCACCCCGUUCGUCAUGACACCGAAAUCGUCGACGUGGACCGAACCCGGGCGUGAUGGCGAUAGAACACCGGAUGUGCCGAUAGUACCUCUCCAAUAUGGUACACGCAAGAGAGAAGAGUCGAUCCCUCUUUCCAAAGGUCCAGAUAACACAGCGGUUACAGUUUCCAGUGUCUCAUCACAGAGAGAUUCAGAAAAGGUGGUGUUCCACCCAACUCCAGAACCAGCAUCUGACCCUCAUCGGGGUAUCACAUCCCCUCUUUCUACCAUGUCGGCUUCCCCAGUUGUGGGUACAGCGGCUAUUGGAACCGUCUUGAUGCCUCGUCAGGUCGAGGAGCCACGACAGAUCAACGUCAACAUUGAGUUGCAAGAUAGGCGGCCAAUUGCGGACAGCUACUCCGUUCGCGCUAAUUAUCCACCACCUUCACAGCAUAUGCACACGUCAGCGCCAGCACCGCAAGUUAAGAGCGGAGCGUCUCCACCCACAAAUGCCAACACCUCGCAGCAGAGCUUGCCGGUAUUUGCUCCGCCACCCAAGUUCGCCCAAAAAAGCUCGCACUGGAGCUACGAUAACGUCAGCCGUUCCAGCUCACAAGCUUCUUCUCCCAACCUCAAAGGGGGAAAGAAGCACCGCAAAGUCUGCGAUAUGAUGAGUAUUUGGCCGUUCGGAAAGAAAAGAAGCUCAAAACCCCAGGGUGCUGAGAAGGGGAAGAAAAAGAAAAGAGGUAUCUGUUUCUGGAGUUGCUGUUGUUGUCUGAUCUUUCUCAUACUACUGGCAAUCAUCAUCCCCGUAGUUGUAGUACUUACAAGGAGGGGAAACGACAACAAUGACAACAAGCCAACGCCGACUCAACCCAGCGCAGACGUCGGUAGCCAGUGGCUCAACCUCACAGACUACCCUCCCAUACCUACCGGUAUCUUGACCAUCGCUCAACCCGAGGCAGUAGAGGAAGAGAGUGGUUGUGUUGCACCAACUACGUUGUGGAGCUGUGCGCUGCCGAAAGAACUUCAGCAGUCCGUCGCGCCCAACAAACCCGACCAGCCGAACUUCAAAGUCGAAAUCACCUUCGAAAACGGAAGUUCAGCUGAACUACCAAAGUCUCAACGCGUAAAGAGAGCCAUGAAUCCAGUCUCAGCCGGUGCCUUUGUUCGGUCAUUGUUGCAUGCACGUGCUGCAGCUUCGCCCUCUCCCGCGCCUCCAUCAACUACCGAUAUGAGUUUCCUAGGACAAACUACAGACGGAAAUUCCGCACCCUUUGAGGGCGAAGACACUGGCUUGUUCAUCAGCAUACAGGAUCCCACCGUUAGCGUGUCGCGAAUGACGAAGCGUGCCGAUGCGAGCGACCCAACGAACAUCACUGCAGUGAUCCCACCACCGAUGUUGGCUUCUGAUGGAACUGCUGCGCCUGCAAAUUUGUUGCCUUUUCCAUCUGCGCAACCACUACGAUUAUACAAUCGCGGUAAAGAUGAUGAGCACUAUGGCUUCUACAACUAUUUCGACCGUUCAAUCUUCUUGAAGCAAAUCAACGGCACCAACCGUGGCGGCAACCCUGCAGAUGUCGACGGAGGAAGUACAAAGGACGCUGCCAAACUGAGGUGUACAUACUCACAGACACGUUUUCUGGUGCAGAUCUGGACUCGCAGCAAAGAAAGCAAGACACUGUUGCAGCGUUCAGCUUCGGACAACUCGAACGUAUUCAAGCGGCCAGGCACCUUUCCGUACCCAGUCACCGUCACCAUCGACCGUCACGGCGGCGAUCCAGCGAAAAAGAACCUCUAUUGCUACGAGAUGGAGGACGAUGGGUCGAUCGAAGACGAAGAAUCGAAGAAGUCAUUUCAGUUUGAAGACCGCGGGUUCGGAGGCAACCUUGUCAAAGGCACGCAGGGACAAGGAAGUGUCAGCGGACCCAUCGACGGUGGGACUGGCGGCUGCCGGUGCCAAUGGCAGAACUGGUUGAGUUGAGGCUCCACCCGUUUUGGAUUCUAGCGACGAUUUUUCCUUGUGUUGCAUGAACAUCUCCAGAUUGCUGGAAUUUCGCAUAGCGUUUGGUCUUUUGCGCAUGAAUGAUACAGCGCCCUCUCAUGUCUAUCACCUUUGUUACAUAUAAGAAAAAGUG